AUGGCCUCUGCCUGCCCCUCACCACAGCCAGGCCACAACCUUCCUCAAAAGGAACAGGGAGAACUUGGAGAUACGCAGGGGCCAGGCCCCAGGUCAUCAAGUCCUGAGCACAGUAACCCGGGGGUCAAGCAGUCCCCAGACAGCACCCUGGAUCUAUCCAGCUUCAGCACAUCCAAGCUGCUGGAGCUUUCGAGGAGUACCAGGGCCCUGACAGAGGCCUUCGAGGCGGGUUCCCUGCCUGCAGUGGCCGCCCGGCUCCAGGCCACCCUCCAGUCCCUGGAGAACGCCCAGCUGAACAUCGGCAUUACCGGGGUGCCAGGCUCAGGCAAGUCAACCUUGGUCAAUGCCCUCCGAGGCCUGGGAGACGAAGAAGCCAACUCGGCCGCCACGGGUGUGGUGGAGAUGAAGACGGGGCCCACGGCGUACCUACACCCCAAGUAUCCCAAUGUGGUCAUCUGGGACCUGCCGGGCAUCGGCCCGACCAUCCUUCAGGUCCACAGGUCCCUCCAGCAGCUGCUGCGACAGCCCUAUGACCUCCUCCUCAUCCUCUCGGCGGGCCGCUUCCCCAACAGCCUGGCCCAGCUGGCCUGCCGGCUCGACCAGCAGGGGGCACACUUCUGCCUCAUCCGCUCCAAGGUGGACGUGGAUGUGGCCGCUGCCUGCAGCCGCCGGCCCAGCACCUUCUCUGAGGAGGCUGUGCUCGGCCAGAUCCGGGACGACUGUGCCAAGCAGCUGGAGGGUGAGGGCUUGAAGGGCCCACGAGUCUUCCUCUUGUCCACAUUCAACUUGAAGAAGUAUGACUUCCAGCAGCUGCAGGAGGCCAUGGUGCAGGGGCUGGCGAGCCACAAGCGGCGUGCUCUCCUGGUGGCCAUGCCUAACGUCUCCAAGAACAUUCUUGAAAAGAAGGCCGCAGCGCUGUGCCAGCACAUCUGGCUGGUGGCCCUGGUGGCCUGCAGCAUCAACCAGAGCCCUGUGCCAGGAGUCAAAGACGUGGCGUGUGACCUUGCCAUGCUCACCCGCUGCCUGCAAGGCUACCGCCGCUGCCUGGGCCUGGACACGGGCUUGCAGGGGGAGGCCAAGGACACCAUCAACCAGGCGCAGGUGGUGGAGCUGCUGCGAAGGGCUGUGGAGGAGGCCUCUGCCUUCACGCACGAGCUCCUCCGGGUGCCCGUCCUGGGCAACCUCACCACCCAGGGCAUCUCCUUUGGUGCCAUCUACCAGAUGCUGCGCAGGUCCCUAGAUAUGGCUGUCAAAGAGGCACAGGACAUGCUGGUUGGGCCUGACUGCUGA